AAUCAACAAAACAAUUCAAUCUACUACUACAAAAAUGAAGUCCUUCUCUGUCCUCGCUUUUGCUCUCUUCUUUGUUGCUGCUGUCUUCGCUGCUCCCUCUCCCAACCCUGAUGAUGGUGAUCAUGGUGUCACCCAAGCUAUUGGCACUGUUGGUGCUGGUUCCGACAACGGUAAUGGUGUCCUUGGUAAUUUGUUAGGUGCUGGGCUCCUCAACAACAACCAAAACGACAACAAGGUCGGUCAAAAUGCCCAAAUCCACACUGAUGAUUAAACGCGUUUUCUCAAGCCCAGGUGUUUCAUAUAUACCACUUGAACACACACGUUUGAUAAAUGCCUUUUUUUUUUGGUUUUUGCAAUCUAUUACUGGCUCUCAUCAUAUCAACUAUGAUUGAAUUUUUCUUUCUUAUAUAUCAACUUAAACUAUUAUAUUUCAUUAGAAACUUGUAUCAAGUAUUCAAACAAUUUACAAAUUAUAUUAUUCCUACUGUUUAAAUAAAGUCACUGAG